UUGGUAUAUUAAGGAUAGCGAAAAGCUUCCAACGAAUCAGUCGAGUUUGAAACUUACACUCAAGUGGAGUUGCGAUUACGAGUUGUUGGCUCGUACUCAAACGUACAGUAGUUGCUUGUGUAGUGUAGUUUCUUUGCUAUGUAGAACAAUGUAAAGGCAUAUAAUUUGCAUGCAUUCGAAAAAAGUUUUACGAACAUAACGGAAUCUUAAUUUCAUUUUUAACGCUUGAGAAGCCAUUGUAGCAGUAAAUAAACGAACGAAAACGAAGCUUAGCGGUAAAUUGUAGCAAGUUAAAUAAUAACUGGAACACAUUUUGUUGUAGCAUACAUUUUGGUGCGAAUAACUCCAUUAAUUCAAAAGUCGUUGAUAGAACAAAGAAAACCAUAAGCAACAACAAAUCGACGGAAAGGAAGACGAACAAGAGAAAGCAAGAACAACUAGUGCAUGCGACAAAGCGUUUGCUGGGAAGGAAGUGACGCGAGAUCAGCGGUGUCUCAAAUACCAAGAUUAAGUGUGCGCCAUUUCGGAAACACGCAAAGCCCGAUUUUCGACGCUGAUUAGAGGCAGAAGCAAAGUGAUUGCCAGGGCAAACGAGCAUUUGGCACUCCGUGCAGUUAGCGGAGUACAUAAAGCGGCAGCAGAAACAGCAAUUGGGGAGAAUCAACCGAAAUAAUAACGGUCCCGUUGACGGGUGUUGCAAGUGCGAAGACAAAAGUAAAGCGGGAGAAUCGACUGGGAAAAGUACUAAAUUAACUUGGCGCGUGUGAAAAGUUAAAGCAAGUUGCUGCAACAAUCACAAAAACAAUUGUGUGAAAAACCAAAAUAAAAAACUUGAACAAAAACAAAAAGUGAACGCGAAACAAAAGCGUUUGUGAGACUAAGUGUGUGAAGUGAAUAUUGCAGAAAUAAGUGCCCAGCUUCAGCUCCAAAUAUUGUGUAGGAGUGUGUGCGCCCCUCACGUGUCAGCACGAAAAGAUAACUGACAGCGUUACACAUCGCGAAUUCCAACUUAAUUUCGGUGAAAUUUGUUUACACGCAGUGUGUUAAAAUAACAGCAGAGCUUUAAGGACAGCAUAAAUAGAGAGUAGUGCUUCGCCUCAGCAGCAUAUCAACGCCGUUAGCGUCGCUCUCAAUGAUGUGGCACGAACAGCAGCGAUACCAUCAGCAGCCGCAACGCAGCAUGCGGCGCCCGCGUUCGCCUUUGGCGCGUUACUGGCCGCUGGCCAUUAUUUUGUUGCUGCAAUUGUUGCUCGCCACCGACAAAGUGGACGCCAUCGACCUGAGUCGCCUCUACGGACAUAUGGCCAAUAACAUACAGAAGCGAAGCGAUGCCUGUCAUCCAUAUGAGCCGUUCAAGUGUCCGGGUGAUGGUAAUUGCAUUUCGAUUCAAUAUUUAUGCGAUGGUGCGCCCGAUUGCUCCGAUGGCUACGACGAGGACAUGCGACUCUGUACGGCAGCUAAACGCCCACCUGUUGAGGAGACCGCCUCCUUCCUGCAAAGUCUAAUCGCCUCGCAUGGUCCCAAUUACUUGGAGAAGCUGUUCGGCAGUAAGGCUCGCGACGCACUCGCUCCGUUGGGUGGCGUGGAGAAGGUUGCCAUAGCCCUGAGCGAAUCACAGACGAUUGAAGAUUUUGGCGCCGCAUUGCAUUUGAUGAGAUCCGACUUGGAGCACUUACGAUCCGUUUUCAUGGCUGUUGAAAAUGGCGAUCUCGGCAUGUUGAAGUCGCUCGGCAUUAAAGACUCCGAACUGGGCGAUGUGAAGUUCUUUUUGGAGAAAUUAGUCAACACCGGCUUCUUAGACUGAGUGGCGCCAGAUCCCGCUUCUGGAUUUUAUUAUGCACACGCACAACCCAUCAACCCCAAUUUUUACUCGUAUUUGGGCACACCCUAUGACAACUACAACUACUAAAUACGAACACGUAUUUUGUAGGCGACGUAGGUGCAAUAGGGAGACGCCUUAUUUACGAAUAAAAAGCACACACACACCCACACACAAGAGCAGACAUACACACCAACAACAACAACAAAUAGAAACGCAGAUACAUUGAAGCAGUGGUAUAACAAAAAUAGCAAAAAACACAUGAAAAAGUAGUUGGAACAUAAUUCUUUCUCAAAUCUUAAAGUGAAGGAACAAAUUACAGUGAAAUCUUCAAGUUUCUUUCCAUUUUCUACACACAUUAUUUUUGUUGGACUUUCAUUUGUUUACUCAGGUUUCGUUUUGACGUGUGUUUGCCGAAUUUUUAUAGAAAAAAGUCAAAGUAAAAAUCACAAAAAAAUUGCAAAAAAUUAUAUGAGACCAAAAAAAUCGAUUGUGUUUAAAAAAACUAUAUAACUGAAAAUAGGCUUAGGCAGGCGAAAGCGUGGGGCAGGUGUAAAAACGCGACGAAGUAGAAAUAAAAUGCGACAAUUGCAUAGUUCCAAGCAACCAAUAGAAGCUAUGUGGUGUGAGUAGUUGAUGCAGCUAUGCGGGCAGUGCGUACUUCCGGGGAUUCCAUGAGCGAAUGCUGAUUACAACAAACAUAAUAUUAUAACUGGUUUUAGUGCUACCAACUACGCUUUGUUUGUAUGCUUUCUUUGCGCACUUUUUGCUUUACUCACUAGCUAAACGUUGCUUUCUAUUCGACUCCGAGUCAAGGCGCUAUUUUGAUUGAAAACUGAAAUUUUUGAGAAAAGAAUAGUGUACAUUAAAAAUAUAACAACAACAAACAAAAGUAUGAAAUAGUCAAUGGUUUUCAGUGGUAUCUCAAUGUGUACAUUCCAAUUCAAUCAUAUUAAUAAUAAAAUGUGGAAGCAGGAUCGAUAUGAACAAUGAAAAAACAAAGCAAAUGAAGAAACUAAAAGAAAAAAUGCGAAAAAAUUGAAAUAUUACUAAGAAAAUUAAACAAAAUGGCGCAAACAAAAUGCAAUGUGUAUGUUGGAGGAUAGAAGAGUGCAAAACACAGGCAUUGCAACAAAAAAAAUUAAAAUAAAAUAAAUGAAAUAGUAGAAGUUUCUGAAAGUUUUGGAAAACUAAAACAAAAAACGAAACAAACAAAUAGUGCAACUAAAAUUACAGAAAAAAAUACUGUUGUACCCGAAAAAAAUAUAAAAAAUACAAAAUUAUAAAAAAAUUAAAAAAAAAUCUUUAAAAAUCUCUUCAUCCACUUAUGAGCAUGACUAAUGCCGUAGUACAAUUAGUAUGUAUGUAUCUCACAAUGGCUAUCAGUAUAUACCUUCCAGCUAAAAACAAAAAAACAAACACUUAAAACUACAAAAAUAUAUUUGAACUCUUUUUUUAUUAGAAAACAAAUAGCUGUAAAUUUUUGAAAUUUUUUUUGUGACAAAAAAUCCGCUCUAAAGUGUGUAGCUUAAAAAAGGCAUAACUGCGCCAAAAAAAAAUAUAUAUUUUAAUUAAGUAACUGUAUUUUCAAAUCAUUUACAUAACAAAGUGUGCAACUUUUUCUCUUAUAAUUAACAUUAGGGUGGCGCAAAAGUGUAGGCAAAUAUUUGACUUGACACUAUAAGCCAGUAAAGUAGGUAUACUAACUGAAUUUAUGAUAAACUAAAACAUAUCUGCAUGUAUUCAAAAUUAGAAAAAGUAGUUUUAGCGACAAAAAAAAAAAAUACGAAAAAACCACAAGACCCUAGCAAGCCCUGCAGCUAUUUGAAAAACCCGGUUUUCGAAAUGAAAAAAUAUUAAAAUAAAGCAAAUAAGUUUAUAAAAACAUAUUUCUUGUUAAAAUACACACAUACAUAUCAAAUUUAGCAUAGAAAUCAUACUUUCCAAAGCAUAAUGGCAUUUUAACAUGCUUUCGAGAGCGAUUAGUGCGCGUAUCUAUGAGAACUCAGCAGAAAAUAAUUGAAAAAAAAUAUUGAAAAUAAAUCUAGGAAAUAGUGCUAUAUGUAUGUAUGCAUACUUGAAAACUUAAGUCCCACAAACGACGCAGAAAAUUACGAAAUAUAGCAAAAACUUAUAAAAAAAAGCAACCCUGACUUGACGCGUGAAAAAGUUCACGAAAAUAUUAUAAAAUUUCAAAAUUAUGUAUUUUAGUAUGCGUUCGCAUAAGCACGCUUGAAAUACUUGAAAGAAAUGCAGAAGCAAACGUAAUUUGUGCGAAAGAGCGGCAAAAGGCGAACAAGUUGACACUUGAGUGACAGUACGGCGCUUACGCACGCCGACUGCACCGCUUCGAGCUUUUACAUAGUUACAUAUUAUAUAGCAUGUAUAUACUGCAUAUUUGCAUAUGUAUAUAAGCAUACAUGCAUACAUAUGUGCACUUGUUCGCGAAACUAUUUCAUAUCGUAGUUAACGGUUCAUGGUUCGUUAUAAAAUGGCAAAUUUAGAGGUGUAAAGGAAUUAUUAAGCAAAAUAAGCAAGUUUUUCAGCGCUAAUUUUUAUUUCUUAGUAAGUAAUGGCUGUUCUUUAACGAUUUACCGUUUUGUUUUAUAACUGCGUUCUUUUUUCUUUAAAAAUAUAAUAUUUCGCAUAAAAAAAAUAAUAACAAUUAAAAAUAAUUACCUGCCUUUCGCUGAAGGAGUGCUCGAUGCCGUUAACAAAUAUCUGACCCAAACCAAACUCCCGUUGAUUUUUAUGGAAACUCGACAGUUUGAAAUCUUUAAAAAUGAAAAAACAUAAACUAUUUUUAACUUUAUUUUUAAACGUUAUUAAUUUAUCAAAUCAAAUUUUUUACAAGAUAUAAUUAUUUCUUAUUUUUUUGAGUCAAAAUUAUUUUGAAAAUACUUUUUAUUUAGGUUAUUUUGUUAUUACAUACUGGAGUUACAUCACAUAUUUUAUAAUUUUUAUUAAAAAUAUUUUCAAGGUAUUACUUUUUGCAUAAAUUUACUUGGACUUAGCUGGGUUAGGUUAAACAGGUCUGCAGUCACGCCAUACAUAGACCUACUUGUCCUCAGUAAUGUCUGAUGUAGGUUGCUUUUAACACUUUUAACAAGUUCAAGAGGAACUUGGUAACGAAUUUUGAUACUUCCUUCAGUCACUUGAACUGCGAAGCUCUUACGUAGCUAAGACGAGUUCUGGAUAAGUUUGGAUAGAAGUAGAGAAGGUAUACCAGCGUCCCGUCAAGUCUACUUACACUACCGGCACGUGUCAUCUUUAUUAAUGCGCAAAUGUGAUAACAGUUGUGAUCCAUAGGCGAGCAACCGUCCUGGAGUCCUUUCGAGGCCAUGUGAGUAAAACGAAUGACUGUUUUUCUUCGAGGUCCUUGCACAUGAUUUUGGCGCGCCUACACGUCCUUUAGGCAUAUCAUUUCAUCUUGAUCUCACUGUCAGCCCUUACGGAAAUUGCAUGGUGUAGUUUAAAAACCAUAAAAACAUGGUUUCCGUAUUUCCUGUGUGUACUUCAUAUAAACUUUUGGUAAUUUCAUGAGCUAUGCCGUUAGACAGAACUCAUUUCUGGAACACAGUAUAUAUACAGAUGCUUUCCGGCUAUAUCUAAUGCAAACUUGCUUCAAAGAACACUCCCUGACGUAAUGCGAAGUGAGAUUUUUGCCUGGCCUGGCUAUCGUCGUAUACAUUAACCUUCGUUAACCUUCAUACGAUUUUCUGAUCGUAAUGACUUCCGCUUAGAAAAUACUGCAAUACGUAUGUCGGCUGCUUGAAGAUCCAACUGAGUUCCCGCUCCGAGCAAUAGAUUUCGACGCCGACUCCAUUAGACCCCUCCGUGAAAAUGUGUAAGUUCCGCACGCCAGUCGCAUGUUCUUACGCUAUAAACUUCCCUUUUUGCUUAUGGCGCUAUGGGCUGGAUUAUCUUUCUACUUUUGUCUUUACAGUGUACUCUUUGUUAUUUUGAUCUCGUGCUUAAUUUUCAAACCGUGCUUUUUUGUAAUAUGAUGGUAUGCAAAACCAUAGAAUUAUUUGUAUAAUCUCGCGAUUGCCAUAAACUUUGUUUCAAUAAACUUUGAAGAUGAUAGCGUUUUAAUAGUAGGAUAGCCCAAGAAUAAAUUAAAUAUAACGACCCCCACUUUAAUCCAAAACAACUUCAAGUACCAAAGAAAGAUUUUUUUAAAGUAAAUGGUAUUAUUUAUUAUUUUUCUUACUUUGUUAUUGCUGAAUUUGGAUCGUUCUGUAAAAUUGUUGAUUUAUUGUCUUUUUACUAUUUUCUGAAAAAGGCAACGUUAUAUAAUCAUAUUAUAUAUGUAUUUCCCUUUAGUAAAAAUUAUUCUUCUUGUAAUUUCUUUCAUUAUCUCAUUUCAUGAUAAAAAAAAUUAAGAAACAAAGUUGGCUUACUAAACGCGAUAGAAGCUUUAGAGAUCUACCAGAGAUCGUUCCUUACGCAGCCUUCCGACGGAGAAGCUCUUGUAGAGAGUAAGCGGAAUUUACACUGAAAGCGUCUACCACUAAACAUUGAUCAUAUUCUUUAAAGCUUGCAUGAAUUAUUUUUAAACGUCCUAUUUGGAGUAACUCUUUCUUUCGGACGAAUUUUUGAACUCUGACAGUUCAGCAAAGUCUGGCCAAAAAGAUUUAGGUAUUGAAUCGCUUCAUUCACCGUGUUUCACUUUUUAUUUUCUUUUUUUUUGUAAAAUUUCCGUCGGAUAAGUGGGUUUUACUCAAUCCAUCACGGUUGAUGGUGGUUUCUUUUGGAAAAAGUCGAUGCAGUACGCAACUAAAAAUACAGAUGCCAUCAUUUAACGGUCGACUGUUCCGUCUUUCCUUCGCUUUAGAUUCCAUUCGUCGUCUGCUGUCCACUCAGCCGACAGUCUUUUACAACUUAACUAAAAGCAGCUGCUUCAAGGUGUAGCCAAGUUGAAAACCAUAAUAUAGAUUUUGCAACUAAAAGUCUUAUGGUAUUGUAAUAAAAACACCAUUUCAAGCUGCUAACAUUACUUAAUGAUUUUGACAGACGGUAGCUUCUAAGGCCGUGUUUUGGAAAAUAUUUUUUUUUAGUUUCAAAUGACAAAUUUCAAAUUUAAAUCUUCUAAUUUGUGGGGUUACUAGAAAAUAGUUAAUUUAAAUCUAAAUCUCAUUUAACAUUUUCAUAUGAAUUAGUUAUUUUCAAAGUUAAAUUUAAAUUAUUUCGAUAUAUUUCUCUAUAUUGUUUUGAAAGGAACUAACUGUUGUUUCCAUGAAAAUCAUCAUAACACUAUCGAUCACUCCGAGGUGAAAUUAUUUAACUAAUAUUACUAACGAAACAUAUCAACAGUCACGAACAGGUAAACUUCGUAGUAUUAGACAAUUUACAUCUAAGAAAUAUUAGAAACAAGAGAAAAACGAACACAGAGUGCAAAAUACAACCCUGUGGACAACAAAAGCUUUGAAAUUGUAACAUAGCUACAGUGAACAAUAGAUAUAACGAAUUGGUCAAACAAAAAUGAAAGCAAAUGAAAAUAUUUAAAGUAGUUGAGAAGCUUAAGUGAGAGAACGUGUUAGACGAAAUGCAUAAUAAGCUGAAAACUGUAUAUUUUUAUAAAAAAAAUAAUGAUAACUGAAAUAAAGAUAAAAUACUGAACAUGUAGAGCUCAAGAGAAUAUGACAAAUUGCUUUAGAAUUUCUAAGUAACACAAGCAAGCAGGAAAAAGAGAGUAAUUUCAACCCAAAAUUUUCACAAAAAAAAUAUAUAUAUAUUCUUGAACUCAAAAAUAGAGCUAAAACAUAUCAGUAUAACGCGUACAAAGCCAUACAUCACUACAAAUCACGAAGAACUCACCGCAAACUACAUACCAUGGAACCACUCAAGAGACCACUUUGAAUAAAUGGAGUUAUAAGUACCUUAAAUUAGAGAGUAGUGAGAAAACAAAAAUUACCAACAAACAAAGGAAAUAAAAAUGAAGAAAUUACCGAAGAAAAUGUUGAAUAAUAUAACCACUAAUCUACUAUUAAACUAUCUUUAGAAGAAACGCAAUGUAUAUUGAAUAACGACUACACUGUGAAAAAUAAUGUUGUACUCAAUGCUAUUUAGUAGCUCUUAGAAAACAGCGUAGACGCAGUUACUUCAGCAAAACAAUGUUAGUAAUAAAUAAAACUACACGUUUGCUUAGUAAGCUAGAAAGUACACUGAGAAAAACUUAUUUCUGGAAUAAUAGAAGAAUCUAACGUCUUAAUAAACCAAAAAGUACACUGAAAAAAAUUUAUUUUACAAAUAAUGAAAAAUUCUUACAAUGCAUGGCUACCACAAAGAUAACUGAAUUGUAUGUGUAUAAAAGUGUGUAUAUAAAAUAUAUAAGUAAGUAAAAAAAACUAUAAAAGUUACAUAUGUAUGUAUACAAGUUGGAAUUUAUUAUUAAAAAAAAGGUGUUAUAUAGAAAGAGGAAGUGAAAAUGAAGGCAGCUCAACAAAAGAAACGAAAAUGAGACAAACUACUUAUUCCUAUACAAAAACAAAAAAAUAUGUAAAGUAAUAAAGAUGUAUUUAUUAUUUCACGCACGCAAAAUGUAGUAGAAUAAUUAAAAGAUAACGAAUACACUGCAAGAUUUAAUAUAAAAAAAUAAAAUUGUAGAUAAGAAAUAAACAGAAAUAAUAUUUUAUUGAAACUAAAAAUUAAAAAAAAAUAUAAAUACAAAUGCCUAAUAAAUAUUGAUUAUUGAAAUAUAAAAGAUGCUAUUAAAAAUUAAAUAUUAAAAUAUACCAAAAAAAUAUUAUGAAACAAAUAUUAUUAAAAAAAUACUAUAAAAAUAUCAGAAAAGAAUAUGAUAGGAAAAAAUAUAUAUAAAAAAUAUUAAUUAAAUAUAUAAAAAAAUUACACUCGCACUAAACCCUAAAAAUUUCGCAUCAAACUCAAAUUUUUUCUUUGUAAACAUUUAAAUUUGCAUAAAUAAUUUUCAAUACAAAAAUUUCAAUUUGUUAUUACUCUGAAAUUUUAAUUGUUAACUGUCGAAAAAUCUUAUAAAAAAAUAUAAAAAUAUUUUUAAAAUUUUGCUGUUUCAAAGUAUAGAUAUUUUUUAAAUUUUUUCAAACGAAAUCAUGCUUGAACAUCAAUGUAUUUGGCAACACUGUAGAAAUCAGUAAUUUGUUGCAAGCAAGUCACACUGAAAAAAGUAAAAAUCCCUUACCAAAAAUAACUGUAUACUAUAACUGUAUACUGAAAGCUAUAUAUGUAUAUGUUGACUGUUGAAACUACACUGUAAAUGUAAGCUAAUAAAUAACGCACGUCACUUACUCCGCAAACAAGUAGUUGAAUAUAAAAACAACUUAAAAUAGGUUCACAAGACAAAUUAACCGAAAUAUUAUCUAAAAGUGUAGUGAAAAAGUCAAAAGGUAGCAAAAAUACAAAGCUCCCCUGUGUGUGCUUUAUUUUUCCAAAUCUUAUCAGCUAACUAUUUCAAAGAGUUAAAAGAAUAUUCAAAAUAUGUUUAAGUAAAAAAAGCAAGUUUCAAACUUUUAUUGUAGAAUGUAAGAUAUUAAGCGUGUAUAUGAAAACUUUCAAAGGAAAUUAAAUAUAUAUAUAUAUAUACAUAUAUUAAUACAUAUACCAUAUACAAAUUUAAUCGCUAUACAUAUCAAGCCAACACAACGCAAUUGUUGAGUUAGAAAAGUUUUUCUUAUACAGUAGAUGCGAAAAAUAUCUGUGAACAUCAGCAAACAUAUCAGUUUACUUGACACAAAUUAUUAUAAAAUUAUAUAAAUAUAAAUAAAUUUACAUACAUAACGUAUUACCAACGAUUAAUGGAUAUAUAGUGAUUAAAGCAAAUACAAUAGAAAUUAAUUAAAAACAACAAAAUAUGUAGAAAAUAACAACAAGUUGAAAGCCGCUAAUAUUUUUUUCAGUGUAUAGUUGUUACAUUACUGUGUAGCGGUAAAUUUGCGAAAUGCAAACAAAUCAGCAACACACGGAGGGGAGCGAUUCAGUGAUUUAUAUUGAAUAAAAAUAAAAUGAACAAAUUGAAUUCUUUCUUAUUGGGAAAUUAAAAAAAAAGUUUUAUGAAGAAAUUAAAUUAUUUUUUACAAUAUUUUUUUUAAGAAAUUAAGUACAUUUUAAAAAUAAAUUUUAAAAAAUUAUUUUAACUAAGAAAUUCAAUAAUUUUUACAAAAAUUAUUUUUUAAAAAUUGGUUAUUUUUUUUAACUUUUAGAAAUUGUUUAAUUAUUUUAUAAAUACUUUUUAUUAAAAACUUCAGUACUUUUUACAAAUAAUAAUUUUUUUUAUAUUUAUAAACAAAUUAAAUAAUUUUUCAAAAAAUAUUUUUAUAAAAAAAAUUAAAUAAUUUUUAUAAAAAAAUUUUAUUCUCAUAAAUAAUCAUAUACACGAUACAUUCAAAAUAGGAUAAAAAAAUGUUUCUCAGCGCUGCGGAUUUCUCUAUAUUAUUCAGGAUAACGUUUCAAAGUAUAUGUUUCUUUCUCAGUCUGUUCCUUGGCGCGUCAACGUUGCAAAAUCGAAAAAAAUGUUGUUUUCAAACUACCAAGUAUCUAUUUAAGAUAUGAUGUGUUGAGUGCUUCCAUUUUUGAAGUGUUUCAAUUCCACUUCGUUCCAAAUGAGGAACAAAAAUUUCAAGAUUUUAUUUGAUUUGAUUUUCCAACCACAUAUAAUCACUUUAUUAUCUUUUGUUAAAAUGUUUGUGUUCCAAUUCCACUUCGUUCCAAAUAUGGAACAAACAUUUUAGGAUUUUUUGAGACUUGAUUUCCCAACCUCAAAUUAUUAUUUUAUUUUCUUUUGUUAAAAUAUUUAAGUACCAAUUCCACUUCGUGCUAAGUGUAGAAUAAAAAUGUCAAACUUUUUUAACAUUUUAUUUCUCAGGUACAAAUAAUUAUUUUAUUAUUCUUUUUUAAAAUAUCUAUGUUCCAAUUCCAAACUGUUGUAUUAACUUAAAAAAUUUAAAUUUUAGUUUUCUUUUGUUAUGGGAACAUUAUAUAAAAAUCCAAAGCUGUAUAAGUACAUACAUACAUACAUAUGUUUGUACUCCACAGUGUUUCAAUUCCAUUAUUUUAAAUUUCUGUCUUAAGAGACUUUUUAGCUAAUAAUUCGUGUAUUUAUUAUUAAAUUUUAAAAAUCGUUCCACCCAAUUGUGAAAGAAUCGAAAAUAACGUGAGAUUGUCUUUCAUUUCCACAUUGUUCCCAUUUUUAAACUGCAUUUGCCGUUUUCUGCACUAAGGAAUUCAAAAUGCCAAUUUUGUUUACAUAUGACGUUUCAAUUCCAUGUGUUCCAUUUUCUCACUAACUGUGUUUUUUUUUUUACUACAGUAAACAAUUAACUUAAUCAAGCUCAAUUAGAACUCAUUUCAAACACAAUUUUUGUGCCUUAUCUCAAGUUUGAAGCCAAAAAAUCUGACCCAACCCAUUUUCUGGAAGAUUUAUAACGAAAUUGAACAACAUCCCACAAUUUAUUGUAGAUUCUCCGAAAAAUCGCGCAAACUUGAGCUGACUGCACAAAAAAAGGCUUAAAAAAAAAGUAGAAUCGUAAGAAUAGCGCUGAUUUCUUGUAAUUCACAAAAAUACCGCUACAACGGAUAUUUACUAAACCGAAAAUGUUGAACCUGAGAAUAGUUAAAUCAAACGAACACACUUAUACAGUACACAACAAACCUAUAGCAACAAUGCAACCAACCAAAACUAAAAAAUAGAGCAAAUAUGAAGAAGCUUCAAGUAUCAAGGCAUGCAAAUAUUGAUCGAGAGCUAGCUAUGAUAUUGUUUACGAGAUAUUAUUGUAUUAUUAUACUAAAUAUGUAUUAUUACGGUUAAAACGCAGUGUACAACAACAAACCAAAUGUAUGAACAAUAUUAAUUAAAUAAAUUUUUAACAUUCCAAUGGAUCAUA